UCCGUAGCCAGCCGGACGUGUGCUACGAAACACAAAUAAAUUGUACGCUUCGUGAGAACACGCGGCCGGGUAGUGUUAUAAAAAACAUAGUGAAGUGUGCUGUGUAAAACGCAAUAAGUGUAAUAAAUAAUUGUAUUUUUAUUUGUAAAUAAAUUAAAAAAAUGUGAAAGCAAAAAAUGCUCCGCAAAUGGUUAGGAAACAGUACUCACAGUUUUAUUUCGUUUUAUUCGACAAGCGGUAGACGGUUGAAGGGACUUUAAUUUGAUACAGAAAUAAAAAGCUUGUAAUUGUUAUUUUAUUUAAAAGGCAGUAUAUGACGAAUUAUUUAGUGAUCACAAUUAAUAAAUCAAAUAGGAGAUACCAAGAAACAAAUUUAGAGUGCAAUUAAAAAACAAAUAAACUGUUUAAACCGAAUUUUUAUAGUGAUCGGUAUAUACGAACUAUGUAAACAGUCCCUUAUGUUUUAUUUAUACGAACGAGACUGUCCUUUGAGGGCUGUUUUUCUGACGAGACAUUUAAACCUUUGGUCCAAAAGAUAAAAUGGUGUCAGUGAUGUGUAAAAGAUAAACGAUGUGCAGAAAAAGAUAAGUGCUCGGCAAAAUGGCGAUGGUGAUAUCUCAGACGACAAAAGCAGCGAUCGGUGGUCUCUUGGCGUUGAUGAUACUCGGUGCUGUGCUGGUGGUUGGGGCUGCCUUCGGGUGGUUUGACCCUAAGAGGGAAGAUGAAGAUACACCAGCGAAGAUCAGCGCGAGGCUACAAGGAAGGACGUCGUACGUCACACAUAGAGCUGUAAAUCCGGAUGAGAACAGGCUACCAGUCGUAUCACAUUCAUCACCAUAUACACACAAAGGAGAAAAGGAUAAUUCAGUAACCAUGUCAAGCCAAUGUCAGUGCAGUGUCAACGACAUCUCGCUAAUGCUGGAAGUAAUGCCAGAGCUGACGGGGCCUCCCGGACCCCAGGGUCCAACUGGUACUGACGGAACUACUGGUGCACCUGGUAAAACGGGACAAAUGGGAGAACCCGGUGCAACAGGGCCUCAAGGUGCCAAAGGUGAUCAAGGAGAGAGAGGCGAACCUGGCACUCCAGGGGCUGAAGGUCAACCUGGUCCUAAGGGAGAACCAGGUGCUGAUGGUGUACCGGGCCUACAGGGUCAUCCUGGACCCGCAGGACCACCUGGACCAGCCGCAUCAGCCUUAAUAGAAUCAUCAGGAUUAUAUGGGAACGAUCGCGCAAUUCAGGGGCCCCCAGGUGAAAGGGGCCCGAUGGGCCUCCCAGGUCCCCAAGGAGAGAGAGGCUACCAGGGAAUUAAAGGUGACAGAGGAUUACACGGAGCCAAAGGCGAUAAAGGUGACCGGGGGUAUGCUGGGCCGAGAGGGACACAUGGUUUAAAAGGGGAACGUGGACAACCAGGAAAAGAUGGUACACCCGGCCUUCCCGGCGCACAUGGACGUCCUGCUGAAAAAGGAGAAAAAGGUUCACGAGGACCUCCUGGUCUGCCAGCACCAAUGACUGCAAUCACCAACAACUCGGUAUUAAGCUACGUCGCACAAUCAGAGCUACGUGAAGUCGUCAAGCUGAAAGGCGAUAAAGGAGAAAGGGGUGAAAAGGGUGAGAAAGGCAGCAGAGGUAUGGAAGGUCCACAAGGCUUUCCUGGCACUGACGGCAAGCCUGGUGAAAGGGGUGACAUUGGGCCAUCAGGGCUACCUGGUACUCAAGGAGAACCAGGGAUCACUGGCCCUAAAGGGGAUAAGGGUGAAGCUGGGCCGCCGGGACCAGUCGCGAUAUCACGAGAAGAAGCUAUAGUAAUGACCAAGGGUGAUCCAGGAGAUACUGGUCCAAGAGGAAAACGCGGUCAUCCAGGAGCACCGGGUCCAAGAGGGCCACCAGGCUUGCCAGGGCCUCCGGGCGUUCCUGGCACGAACGGGCCUUCGGGCGACAUUGGGUUGCCAGGUUGGACGGGUCCGCCGGGCGCACCGGGUCAACCCGGCCCACCUGGUUCUAAAGGCGAAAAAGGAGAUUCUGGCAUCCUGCCAGCGACUCUUGAAAAGCUAAAAGGUGAGAAGGGUGACCGGGGGUACGACGGAACACCGGGCUCACCGGGGAAAGACGGGGCCAGGGGACCCCCGGGUCCAUCCGGCCCGCCGUCUGCUAGCGUGCAGUAUGUCCCCGUCCCAGGACCGCCAGGCCCCCCGGGGAAACCCGGCCCACCCGGCGUUGUUACCGAAGCCACAAUCGACACAUUGACUGAUAAUCCUGGGAUUAAUCGACGCGUACCUGGCACAGACAAACCUCAAGAUCCGCUGCAAAUCCUGAGGAACUUUAACUUGAUGCAGUAUAAACAAGAACAGUUUGACUCAGGUUUCCGAAAUCCUCAAGAUUCACUCAACGGGAACGUAGGCUUAGACGACGAAGACGGCAGAACUAUGGUCGGAACGGUUUUAUUCAAAUCAACGGAUUCAUUAAUGCGGCUUGGAACAAAUAUCCCUCGUGGAACACUGGCAUAUGUUCUAGAAGAGCAGAUAUUGUUGAUCAGAAUCAACACUGGCUGGCAGUAUGUUUUACUGGGAUCAUUUCUGAAGGUUCAGUUCACACCAGGUGGUCCAACUUUGACACCGCAGAGUAUGGUGGAGACGUCCAGUUCAGGAAAUCAAGCAGACCUAUCUGAAAAUAAGCCCGUUUUACGCUUGGCGGCUCUGAAUGUUCCUUACAAUGGGGAUCUACACGGAGUGAACGGUGCCAACUAUAACUGUUACAAGGAUGCAGUCAAAUCAGGCUAUGGCUCGAAUUUUAGAGCGUUUAUAUCGUCAAGCGAACAAUACAUUGACAACUUUGUGAGAUGGGGCAACCGAGAGAUGAUAGUUGUGAACACUCGCGGCGAUAUCCUGUUCAACUCGUGGGACGAGAUGUUCGACGGUUCAGGCGCUUUGUUCACAAACUCGCCCGAAAUAUACAGCUUCGACGGCAAGAAUGUUAUGAUGGAUCUGACGUGGCCUACAAAGGCGGUAUGGCACGGAACAAGUCAGAGCUACGAACCAUCUCAAGACGUGUACUGCGACUCGUGGCAUAGCAACAGUCACACCAUGUUCGGGCUCGCUUCCUCGCUGAGAUCGAACAAACUGCUCGAUCAGGAGACGUACCCAUGCAGUACUCGGCUGGUGGUGCUAUGUUUUGAAGCCACUUCAGUGAUCACUUUGAAAAUAAAAGCACCACUGCACAGGUAUCCUAAAUCAGACAAAAAACACUUUCUGGAAGACAUCGAAGAACGAAACGAAACAACACAUAAUUUAUAGACAAUUAAAUCAAAUUAAUAACCAUUUAGUGCUAUUGUGGGUAUUGUACAUAAAGUUUACCAAAAAAUCAAGAACGAUUAAACACAAAUGAAAAGGAAAAAAAAACAAUAAUUUAUUUAUAUUACCACCAAAAAGUUUUCAUUAAACGAAUUAUUACUUUGUUAUUUGUAACUCUUACCAUUUAAAAUGUCCCCAAUUAAUUCAAAAUGAAACAUUAUUCAUAAAUACAAAACUGGAACAAGUUUAAUUACAAUAAAUCCCUCUUCAGUAAAAUACAUGUUUUUGAGUAUCAAUGCACAUCGAAAUAAAUUACAAUUUAUAAUUGAGGUUUUGCUGGCAGCGCAACAGAAGCACAAUAUCAAAAAUGACAUCCAAAUGUACAUUUUGUGGAUUUUUCACUUAAUGUGCGUUUUAUUUAAAUUUAAAAAUAAUGACUUUUUUAAAGCUACUACUCUAUGUAACUUAAAAUGUAAACAAGAGUUUGAGACAAGUUAAAUUAAAAAGUCUUUUUGCCUGUUAUAAACUGCAUAUUGAAAUAUUAACUAUGGAUGGUCGUUCCUAUGCCCAUCAUAGCAUUCAAGGGUUAGUAAUAAGCAUAUUGUGAAGACUGUAAAUAUAAUAAUUUGUAUGUAGGUAAUGAAGUUUCUAAAACAAAUCCUGGUGGAGCAUAACGACAAUAUAAAAUCAUUAAAAAAAUUCACUUUUUUGUUAUUACAGAAACAUUUUUGCAGUAGGUUAUUACAUAAGUUGGUAGUACAAUGUUUCACCUUAUCAGAUAUGCAAAGAUUACUAUAUUGUAUGAUUUCAUUUACAAAAAAAAAAAUGUUUAUAUGUGCGGUUUCCAACCACCUAGAACCUACGAUUAUUAGUUAAUGAAAUUUUGCUGACUGGUAGUAAAAUAACAUUUCAGUGACAGAUGCACUUGUCAUUUUGCUGACUGGUAGUAAAAUAACAUUUCAGUGACAGUUGCACUUCUCAUUUUGCUGACUGGUAGUAAAAUAACAUUUCAGUGUAAGUUGCACUUGUCUUUUUGCUGACUGGUAGUAAAAUAACAUUUCAGUGACAGGUGCACUUGUCAUUUUGCUGACUAAUAGUAAAAUAACAUUUCAGUGACAGAUGCACUUGUCAUUUUGCUGACUGGUAGUAAAAUAACAUUUCAGUGAUAGUUGCACUUGUCAUUUUGCUGUCUGGUAGUAAAAUAACAUUUCAGUGACAGUUGCACUUGUUAUUUUGCUGACUGUUAGUAAAAUAUCAUUUCAGUGACAGUUGCACUUGUCAAUUUGCUGACUGGUAGUAAAAUAACAUUGCAGUGACAGUUGCACUUGUCAUUUUGCUGUCUGGUAGUGAAAAAACAUUUCAGUGACAGAUGCACUUGUCAUUUUGCUGACUGUUAGUAAAAUAACAUUUCAGUGACAGUUGCACUUGUCAUUUUUAGAAUUAAUCCUCCGACUACAUGUAGGAAAUUUUUUGGUUAAUUUUGAUACCAAUUUUUUUUAAUAAAUUUGAGUUUGGUCACAAUUACCUAAUAUUAUUUGUUUAAUAUCCCAGAGUAUGAAUUAAUAAAUAAUUUCAGAAUUUCAAAAUUGAAUUGAAAAAUUUCGUUAAAAAAAUCUGUGUUUAUCAUCGUCUCAAAAACUUAACUAAGACGCAAUAUUAUAAAAAUCAGUCUAUCAAAAAUAGACGGCGUACGAUAUUAAUUAUGUUACUUGGUCUGUCAUAACUUAACAGUAUACCUGCUGCGAGUAGGUUACCUAAAAACUUCUGGCCGAACUAUUAUUAACCGUCUACUGCUAAUGGUAAGUAAUUUAGUCAGGAGUUUUAGGUAACCUACUGGGCAAUAUAUUUUUUCAACAUACAUAAUUCGAUAUAAAACAUUUUUCACCCAAUAUAGGGACGGGUAAAGGUUGUUUCUUAUUAGGAUUUCUCACAAUGGAUACGUGACAAAAACAAUUCACUCUGUUUAAAACCGUUCUGAGUUCUUAAUAAUGAGAACAAAUUGCAAAAGUUUAAAAUCUACUUAUGUCGUAAAUCAGAAUAAUAUAUAAGUAAAGUGGUUUAAUUCCAAGUAACCCGUAUUAAGUUAGACCCUAAAACUUUGUUUAAACUUACGGCUUAGAACAAGGGUUAGAACUUACUCGUAAUUUUAUCUCCAAGGAGGACUGUAAUGCGAAGUUAUGUAAAUUACACUUGCACAGAAUAAAUUUACAGAUUUUAUGUUGUUAUCUUUAAAUUUAACUAAUCUACGAUGAAUAACAGACUUUUUUCCGUUCUCUGUGUGUAUAGUUUUUUCUAAUUUUUAACACUUUCAAUUUCUUUUUUAAUUUUAACGAUUCGUAGUUGAAAAGUUUAUAGUAUUAUUUUGCAUAGUCGUUACAUUAUAAGACAUUUUAAUCGGUUGGUUGGAAACCGUGUCCUAUUUAAGUCAGCCAUUUUUCGAAUUAUAGUCGUUUUGUAAAUAUAGAUGGCUUUUAAAAAUUUUCUAAAGUAUUAAAAAAUAUUAUUAUAAAGAAACAACAACUGCUGUAUAGAUAGUGAAAUGUAACUCGUACGUGGAUGUAAAUAUAUUCCUGUUAAAUAAAUUUAAAUAAUAAUUAUUAUAAUGUUUUAAAGACUACUGCCAUUUUCAGUAGUUCAUUUGUUUUUAGUAUUUAAACUUUGAUAUAACUGUUUAUAUUUUCCAAGUAUAAUUCAGGUUGAGAUUAUUUGGAAUUGCCGGUUAUUUAAAAUACAAACUCCUUAAUGUAUAAUUUCCCUAAAAUACGUCGUGGAAAAUGAUAUAAAAAUACCCUAAAAAUCUUACAUAAUCUGUAACCUUUUGCAGUCAUGUUACUGUUUAUCUGGUAAAAGAUUAUAAAAUUAAGUUUUACACACAGAUUAAAGGCAGACAUAGCAUACGGAACACGGCAGUUAUGCAGCCAUUCCAAAGUAAAUUUAAAAACGAAAAUAUUUGGCAAAGGUCUAAAUUAUUUGAAGAGUUAAGCUGAGAAUUUGAAUGUGUAAAAAUGUUAAAGAUUUAUUGAACCAUUUUUCUUUCUUUCUGAGUAUAGUAGAACAUAAUAUAAUAACACAAUUUGCUGGUUUAAAUCCUACUUACUACUAAUAUUAUAAACGCGAAAGUUUGUAUGGAUGUUUGGAUAUUUGGAUGUUUGUUACUCUUUAGCGUCGCUACUACUGAAACGAUUUGGCUAAAAUUUGGAAUGGAAAUAGAUUUUACUCUGGAUUAACACAUAGGUUUCUUUUUAUCCCGAAAAAAUCCAUGGUUUCCCGAGAUUUGCGAAAACUGAUGAUUUUGAUGACAAUAAUGUUUGUUACUCUUUCACGCCUCGACUACUAAAUCAAAUUAGCUGAAAUUUAGUAUUAAGAUAUAUUAUGACCUGGAUUAACACAUAGGUUACUUUAUAUCCCGGAAAAAUCCAUGGUUCCCGAGGGAUUUGUGAAAAACUAAAUUCCACGCGGACGAAGUAGCGGGCGUCCGCUAGUAUUAAUAUAAUUUAAAGGCUUAACACCUAUAUCUGAGGUAGAAAGAUCAAUGCAUUGUAAGAGAUUAUUGUUCCUGGUGCCUUAAUGGACUUUACUCAAAAACACAUUGUAGUGGUGAGCUCCUAUUCGUAUAAAUAAACGUCACAAUUAUGAUCUGAAGUUGCUUGAACUUCAAGUUCGAUUUGAACGUCUAUUAUUACUGGUUCUAGUUUACUUAACCUGAAAGGUAGUGUUCUGUUAUUUCUACCUUUAGGGGUGUGGAUUUUCAUCCUCCUCCUAACAAGUUAGCCCGCUUCCGUCUUAGAUUGCAUCAUCACUUACCAUUAGGUGAGAUUGUAGUCAAGGGCUAACUUGUAAAGAAUAAAAAAAAUACCACUGUUGAACAUUUUAUUACCUUCCUAGGUAGGAAUGUGCUUGAUCAAUAAUAUUUGUCUACAGAGCUGUUAUCGGUUUGUAUUCUUAUUAUUGUUUUGUGACUUCUUCAUUUACAUAAAUUUUAAUAAUUAAAUUUAUUUUUCCGAAAAAUCGCAACCUGGAUAUUGCUGGAUAUAAAAUAUUUAUUAUCAUUUCACAAUAUUUUUAAAGAAUUUUAAAAGUUACGGAUUUUAAUGUGUACGCAUCGACAUCGACUGGAAAUCCAUCUGUAUUUAUUUGAGUGUGUCUUUAUCACCUACAAUGAAUUGCAAUUGUAUAAAACAAUCCAAAAUACGGCAGUGGACCGCAAUAUAAUAUAUUUCAUACAGGAAUUUAAAGAUCUUUUCCUAAAACAUUGAAACACAAAGAUAAAACAACAAAAUCAAGUACAAAAAUCUAUAGCCCACUUAAGGGCUGGAUGAUAUUGAUGUUUUUUUUUAUAUUUACUGUGAGAACAGGUGAAGAGGUGAGGAGGAGGAUGAAUAUAUUAACAUAUCUACGAGUAUAAUAUACUCUAUUCGAUUAUCUAUUACGUAAUAGUAUAUCAAUAUCAUGUAUGAUUACACAUAUAUAUAUAUAUUUUUUUUUCAGGUUUGAUGAGAUAAUUUUUUUUUUAAAUAGAAAGAAGUACCCCAAUUCAGAUGGAUUUUCGAAACGAUGUUGAGUAUGGUUUUAUAGAAUGCAGAUUGCAGAUAUCUCUAUCUUUUUGUUAACUAUUAAUCUGAACAACGCAUACGGCCUAGUUGUUAGAGGUUUCAGGAAAAUUAUAAUAUAUCUAUGCCGACAAAUGUUAUUUAUUAAUUUUAAUUUAAUUUUAUAAAUAAAAUGUUUUAUAAAUAUUAAUUACUGUGAUAAGGUUGAAAGCAUACAAAAUACGGUGAUUGAAUGUUAAUAAGAGGUUUUACUGUUCAAUUAAUUAUAAUAUAUUAUGAGUGUAUUGUGAAUGCUUUUUAUGGACGAAUGGAAAUUCUGUUGUAUACAAGAAUAGACAUUGGGUAAACUUUAGCGCUGUAUUUUUUUUUUAUAUUUUACUACACUUUUCUAAAUUCCAAAAUGUAUACUAAGUUAAAACAUCAACCCACAUUUAAGUUUUUAAAGCUGUACAAAUAAAAAGUGUAUCAAGAUAUUGGAUUAACUAGUUUUUGCCUUCAAGAAGAAGUUUUUGUCCUACCAGGCUGUAAAACGGAGAGAAAGUUAUUUAUUAAUCUUUGUUAAUUUAUAGGGCUAUAUAUAGCAUCUACAAUGGGCUAAGGAGGCAGAAAUAUUAAAGAAGUAUUUGGGGAAUAUCUUUUGUGUACUCCUUAAGAUAUUUAUGUGUACAUACACAGCGUAUUUUUUUUAAAUUUUAUUUAUUGAACGUGCAUUCCAAUGUCUCUUCUAGUAUGUUACUCAUAUCAAAUUUAGUGUUUUCAUAAUAUUAUUGAGAAUGUUUGCCUAACGAUGUGUUGUUUUGUUACUUUUAUUCAAAUAUUACGUUGAAAAAUUCUAUUGUACUUAAUAAGUACGUUUGUUUUUUUUUAAAUAAAAUGGUUUUUUAA